CAGUCUAGACAUUGCAUGACAGCGGAACCAUAUGAUAACAAAUUUGCAUCCAAUUUAUUGAAUUAUUAUCGAAAUAAUACAAAAAUUCAUGAUCAACCCUGUCCAAUAUUCGUAAACAAAUUGAAUAUUUACAAAAGUUGGAUAUUUUCAUUUUGUUUCAUUCAGAAAAUUUGUAAAUUGUUGACAAACAAGUCGUCAAUUGACCGGAUGUUGACAACGUAGAAUCGAGAACUUUCUCGUGAAUACCAGUCGUAUUGUGGAGUAUAUAAAUAUAUGCGACAACUGUUCUGCAGUUCAUUCAUACAGAAAACUUGACAGUGUGCAGACUACGCUAAAUAAUUUGUGCUCCAAGCGAAUUUAAUUCAAUCAAAGAAAAUCAUUUUCCGUGAUAUUUCAUUGUGAAAAGUGGAAAAUUCUUUUGUGAAAUUGUAAUUAAAACUCAGUCAAGAUGCCAGAACAACCACAAGGAGAAGUCGAAACAUUCGCUUUCCAAGCCGAAAUCGCUCAGCUUAUGAGCUUGAUCAUCAACACAUUCUAUUCCAACAAAGAAAUUUUCAUCCGUGAAUUGAUUUCCAAUUCGUCUGAUGCUUUGGAUAAAAUCCGCUAUGAAUCCCUCACCGAUCCAACGAAAUUGGAAUCCGGAAAGGAUUUGUUCAUCAAACUCAUUCCAAACAAGGCGGCUGGAACACUCACAAUCAUCGAUACUGGUAUUGGUAUGACAAAGGCUGAUCUCGUAAACAAUUUGGGUACAAUUGCCAAGUCCGGAACAAAGGCUUUCAUGGAAGCCCUUCAAGCCGGUGCCGAUAUUAGUAUGAUUGGCCAAUUUGGUGUGGGCUUCUACUCGGCGUAUUUGGUUGCUGACCGUGUCACUGUUACGUCGAAAAACAAUGACGACGAGCAAUACAUUUGGGAAUCUUCCGCUGGCGGAUCGUUCACAAUCAAGAGCGACAAUUCUGAACCACUCGGUCGCGGUACAAAGAUCGUGUUGCACAUCAAGGAAGAUCAAAUGGAAUACUUGGAGGAUCAAAAGAUCAAGGAAAUUGUCACAAAGCACUCACAGUUCAUCGGUUAUCCCAUCAAGUUGUUGGUGGAGAAGGAACGCGAUGAAGAAAUCAGCGAUGAUGAAGAGGAAGACGAGUCCAAGAAAGAAAACAAGGAAACAAAGGAAGGUGAAGGUGAUGAACCAAAGAUCGAAGAUGUGACUGAAGAAGACGAAGACAAGGAUAAGAAGAAGAAGAAAACCAUCAAAGUUAAGUACACCGAGGACGAAGAAUUGAACAAAACGAAACCAAUUUGGACCAGAAACCCAGACGACAUUUCCCAAGAAGAAUACGGAGAAUUCUACAAAUCGCUCACCAACGACUGGGAAGAUCAUUUGGCCAUCAAACAUUUCUCGGUUGAAGGACAAUUGGAAUUCCGUGCUUUGUUGUUCGUACCUCGUCGGGUGCCAUUCGAUUUGUUCGAAAGCAAGAAGAAGAAGAACAACAUCAAAUUGUACGUUCGUCGUGUAUUCAUCAUGGACAAUUGCGAAGAUCUCAUUCCGGACUAUUUGAACUUCUUGAAAGGUGUCGUCGAUUCCGAAGAUUUGCCAUUGAACAUUUCCCGUGAAACUCUCCAACAGAACAAAAUCCUCAAAGUUAUUCGCAAGAAUUUGGUAAAGAAGGCAUUGGAAUUGUUCGAAGAACUUGCCGAAGACAAGGAACAAUACAAGAAAUUCUACGAACAAUUCAGCAAAAAUCUUAAGUUGGGCGUACAUGAUGACAGCCAGAACCGUGCAAAAUUGGCCGAUUUAUUGCGUUUCCACACCUCGGCAUCCGGUGAUGAACACUGCUCUCUCCAAGACUACAUCGAUCGCAUGAAAGAAGGCCAGAAACACAUUUACAUCAUCAGUGGUGAGACCCGUGAACAGGUUAGCAACUCGUCGUUCGUCGAACGUGUCAAGAAGCGUGGAUUGGAAGUUGUUUACAUGACCGAACCAAUUGAUGAGUAUGUCGUUCAACAGUUGAAGGAAUACAAGGGUGUGUCCUUGGUGUCGGUUACCAAAGAAGGCUUGGAAUUGCCAGAAGAUGAAGCCGAAAAGAAGAAGAAGGAAGAAGAUCGCGCUAAAUUCGCUGGAUUGUGCAAGGUCAUGAAAUCAGUAUUGGACAGCAAAGUUGAGAAAGUUGUCGUCUCCGAUCGUCUUGUCGAAUCGCCAUGCUGCAUUGUCACAUCCCAGUACGGUUGGUCGGCCAACAUGGAACGUAUCAUGAAGGCUCAAGCUCUACGUGACGCUUCAACCAUGGGUUACAUGGCUGGCAAAAAACAUUUGGAAAUCAAUCCAGACCACUCAAUCAUCGAGACAUUGAGACAGAAGGCUGAUGCUGACAAAAAUGACAAGGCCGUCAAAGAUUUAGUUAUUCUUCUGUUCGAGACUGCUUUACUAUCAUCUGGAUUUUCAUUGACUGAGCCACAAGUUCAUGCAUCGCGUAUUUACCGUAUGAUCAAACUCGGUUUGGGCAUUGACGAAGACGAACCAAUGGCUGCCGAAGAAACACCAGUUGCCGGAGAAAUGCCACCGCUAGUCGAUGACACCGAAGAUGCUUCACAAAUGGAAGAGGUCGAUUAAAGUGUUUAGAUAAAGCGCACGUUCCACAUGUCGAAUUUUGAUUCAUUUUUAUUUCAUUCAACUUUUGUUUACUGCCACGUUGUAGUGGUUAAUAGCGCAUUUUGCCACUCACUCUUAAUGAUAUAAAAGAUGAAAAUUUGUUUGUUUUUUUGAAAUGAGGACAUUGUUUGACUGAGGUAAUUGGAUUCCAAGCAAAUAAGAUUGAUUCAUGAAUAAAUUCCGUUUCUAAGUUAUUUUCGAAUAAAUAAUUAAAUUUAAAACGCAAA